AACUUGAUACUACGUUUGAUCGAUAACAUUCUGAGAACGUGCACAUAUAUAUGUACCGCUGUACGUCAUUAUCAUAAUUUUUGCACGUGAUAUCAAAUUCCAUUUAUAAAAAAACUAAACGAGAAAGCUGUACAAAAAUUCUCUCUGUUGCAUGAGCACGCUUAUCAUCAAGUGAUGCGCCUUGAGAAUAAAUUGUUCAAUUAAUUAUAUGUAUUUUUAUAAAGACGAGACGACUGUGCGCUGUGUGUUGUUCUCCAAACAUUAAGUUGAGCGUUGAGUUCAAACACUUGUGACAUCAACUGCUGUGAUAAAUAGUGAAAAUGUAUUUCGACGACGAUUUGGAGUUUGAUGCGGAAGUAGAUAGUAUACUAAGGGCUAAUGAAUAUACUCAAGAGUUUAAUGGAGGAGCUAUUAAAUCGUACGACUCAAAUCAACUAGCUUCCAAUAGUCCAAUCGAAGACACUAGAGCAGAGGCGACAUGUUUAAUGACAUCUGGCUAUCUGGCCGGUGUAUUCGAUGGUCACGGCGGCGGCGCAUGCGCACAGGUGAUCGCCAAACGCCUCUACAACUACAUAACCGCUUGUCUGCUUCCGCACGAUACUCUUGUAGACUAUCUCUUGGCUCUGUCCAAACAGGAACCUGUUAAGCUUAUCGAGUCAUUCAACGACAAGGUGCAAUUCGUCGACGACGUCAAGGAGAUCUACUCGAACAGCUUCAUGAGAUUCCUUAGAGAACUAUCAGAGAUGGACUACAAGCCCAACGACAUACAGAAAGCGAUAGAGAUGGCGUUUUUGAGUUUAGACGAGGACCUGUCGAGGGAAGCCUUACCGAAGAAUGGAGAAACCAUCAAUUUGAAAACAAUGUCAGUGGCCAUGUCUGGGGCUGUCGCAUGCGUCGCACAUGUGGACGGUACAAAUUUGCACAUAGCUAAUGUCGGUGACAGUGGUGCCGUUUUAGGUACCCUCUCAGAAACGAACAACUGGAUAGCAAAGAAACUAACCGAAGACCAUAACUCGUACAAUCAAGCCGAAGUAGAUAGAAUAAUUAAGGAGCACCCGCAAAACGAAAGCAAUUCUGUGAUAAAGAUGGAUAGGCUGUUAGGUCAAUUGGCUCCAUUGCGAUCGAUGGGCGACUUUAGGUUUAAGUGGAGCAAAGAGAUCAUGAAUGACGUGGUUGUGAAGCACUUUGGCGACCAUGUCGUGCCACCUCAUUACCACACACCUCCGUACCUUUCUGCUAAACCUGAUGUGAUAUACCAUAGAUUAACGCCAAACGACAAAUUCCUGAUCCUAGCAACGGACGGUUUGUGGGACAUAAUGACCCCCUUGCAGGCUGUGAGACUAGUAGGCGAACACAUGAAAGGCAAAGUCACGUUGAGCCCUCUCAAAUUACCAAAGAAAAACAUGAAACUUAUCGAAAUCAACGAAAUGCUUCUGCAGAGGAAAGAAGGUCUGGAGAUGAAACCAAGAGACUCAAAUGCAGCAACUCACAUCAUCAGGCACGCGCUUGGUGGGACGGAAUUCGGAAUCGACCACAUGAAGAUCUCACAGUUACUGACGUUACCAGACGACGUUGUCAGAGUCUUCAGGGAUGAUAUAACGAUAACAAUAGUGUAUUUUGAUUCUGAAUAUAUAAGACAUUGCCCUGCCUAGUGUGUAGUGAGUGAUGAUUGUGUUGUUCUUCCUUUGAGAGGAGUUGGUGGCUUUGGAUUUGACUGAAUGUCCUUAACGUAACGUCAGUACAAAAUCGAAAUAUGGGUAUGUCUGUAAUUGCUGUGAUUUUUCACCUUCAGCCGAUUCUAGAAUGUCAACGUUGGUGCUGUAGAGUAAUUCUUUUGACUGCAUUGAUUGGCAGCUCAUAAAAGAUACAAUCGAAGCAGAAUAAAGUACUUGUGUGACAAAUUCAAAUACAAAAUAGGAGAUUACUUGUUGUAGUUUGAUAAUAUUCCGUUUUGGGGACAAGAAGACUCAACAAUUAUUGCCAAGUUUCUCGAUUUGAGUCGUUUAUGAGAUUAGAGAAAUGAUUUCACAGAUAGAAUUAUUUGCUAUAACGCAUCGAAUAAAAAAAUUAGUGUAUGGGGAAUCAAUGUUUCUCCCUAAUUCUUAAAGAUAAUGUUUCUAUUACUGAGUGCAGCUGUCAUUUUAAAUAAACGUAUUUUCCUGCUGAAAAAAAUUACCUUGAUAUUAUUAUGUUCUUAAACGGCAUUCUGCAACUUAUACAUUAUGCAAAACUGCAGAUUACCCUGUUGGUGUAAUCCAAUGUUAUUAAUCCAUAUUUUUUUUAAUGCAAGCUUACGAUUUUUCUACUUUUUGAAACCAAAUAAAAUGUUAGAAAUGUUUGAAUUAUCUGAAAGAGAACCUUCAACUGAUCAUUUUUGUAGCAGGAGAUACACAGUAAAUGGUUAAAAACGCUUUGUAUAAGGUGGUCUUUAAAUAUUCUAAUAUUGCAGGUAGCCCUUUACUAUAUAGAGGAUUUUGAAAAAGUCCGGAUACGGCAAAUAAUGUUUACUUGGGUAGAAUUUCUUUGACUAUGGCUUUCGAGAACAUUUUAUCGACUAGAUACAGUAGCGGACAAAAGUUUGGAAACAGU